CACAGACCAAAAUAAAAUCGUUUAAUAAACAAAAAAGUUAUGUUGUUUUAAAAAAGAACGAACUUUUUGGACACAUUGAGUGGUGCGCAGUUUAUUUGGGGUUUAUUCUAUAGUUGAUUUAUGCUGAACAACCCUGUAUAUUAUGUACGUCACCAAUUCGUAAUUUUCAAAUUGUCAUCCACUCAUCAAAUUCUCAGUAAAUAGAAUCACCAUAAAAUCAUCAUGGUUUGCACCGCUGCAAGGGCUUCAUCACCACAAGCAUGCACAGCUAUAUCAAAUGAGCCCGUGCAGCCAAAAAUCACGUACGAAAAUCGCAAUAUUGGGGUGGAAAUAUUUCCCAAUCCUGCAAAGCCGAAGGUGGAAGGAAAAGGCAUAACCGAUAAGUACUUAGAGUAUAUGGAAUGGUUUGGUAAGCAUUGGAGGUUGUGUCAAUUGGCAAUACCCAGACUUCAUAAUAAGAAAUUUGUACGUCCUGAGGAGAAAGAUACUUAUAGGAAAAUAUUACCCAAACUUGCUGACCAUGUUGCGUUUUUCACUGAACAAAUGUCUUCUCCAACCGUAAGAUACCUUACGAUGAAUAAAUUAAACCAUCAAAGCCACAUGGGUAAAAAAUGGUCCAAAAAAAUGAGGAAGACCAUUAAUAAGUCCUGGGGAACAAUCUACAAUUAUUAUGAAAAAAAGAAACGUGAUAUGCGCAAAUACAAAUUAAAACGCCUUAGUCAAGGAAAAAAGAAGAAAAUGUCAGGGAAAGACCUUAAAUCCAAAGAGGAAUUUUAUUCCAACUUGGCUAAGCGUAAAGAACCUCCAAAGCCACCUCCAAAAGAAAAGAAACCCAAACGAGAACCAAAUUUGGAACGUCUCGGCGAGAUGGCUGUUCCUAAAGAAAGAAUAUACACCCCACCAACAAUUAAACCAGUUUCCAAAGCAGCCCUAAAAUAUAAUGCCACAGAAAGAUUGCUGGUCAUUUCUCGACCACCGCCUAGGUACUUCAAGAUUCUUCCACCCCUUAUCCCGGGAAAAGUAAAAAAAUCGGCUUUAAAAUACGUUGCCACUCCGUCCUUUUUGAAAAUGACUGAACCAAUUGUGAGGCAUUGUGGAGGCAAACCGAUAGUCACACAAACAGAAACUGAUAAUCAAGACUGCUUUACAGUUAAACCCAGCGCCUUGAAGUACAAAAUUACCGCAAGAAUCAAGAAACUGGCGGAACCAAAAGAAAGACAAUAAAUUGAAAUGUUUAUAAGUUUAAGAUGUUAAUUUAUUAUGUAAGUGCAAACCAAUAAAGAUUCCAAC